GAGCCGCCGGGGCCGGGGGAACCCGCCGGGGCCGGGGGGGCGGCAGCGGCCCGGAGCUGCCCCCGCCCCCCGCCAGCCCCCCGCAGUGCUUCUCUCUGGAGGAAGAUGAGCUGAGCCUGCACUUGGUUCCCGCCUGCAGCGAUGCUAUCCUGGAGGCCGAAGGGAUCCUGGGAACGAUGCAGAGCUACCUGGACUCCUCCAUGAUCUCUAUCAUCGAGGACUUCGGCACCCUGACCGAGAACAAGGCCUGCCUGGAUGCUCCAAACGAGCUGUCCCUGCUGACGGCCAUCACCGAGAUUCUGGACAGCACGGACGACGAGACCCUGUCUCCGUUUGACACCACCCUGGACUCCGAAUUGCUGGCACUGCCCCGGGAACGCGAGAGUUCUUCGUUUCAGAAGUUUCUCAGCUUGUCCCGGGCUUCCCCUGAGCGCAGCGUUCCCGCCCUAGAUGAUCCGUGGGGCCUCAGUGGCCCAGCCGCCAUCGGCAAGUUGGAGACGGGCCCUGUGGAUCUGCCUUGGAACCGUCCACUGAGCUGCCUCGAAGAGCCGGCAGCGCCGAAGCCGCGCCCCAGCAGAGCGCCCCGGGCGGAGCGGAAGCUCCCCAGGCCCCAGCCCCUCCCGCAGCGCAGCGAUGGGGAGGAGGAGGAGGAGGCUGCUAGCCCUGGGCAGCCCGGCGGCGUGGCAGUGACGGGGGGUCUGCGGGAGAGCCCCAUGGAUUUGUGCGCCAAAGCUGGGGGUGAGGAGACGGCGUGGCCUGAAGACACUGACACUCCCUGCAUCAUUAGCACGGGGGCUGGGUCCCUCAGCGAGCUGGUGAAGUCCAUGCACCCGUACUGCCUGCCCACACUCACCGUGUGCCUGGACCCUGCCAGCGAGCCAGUGGCGAAGGAGUUCUUAACCGGCCCGCUCCUGCUGGAGAUCGUGCCGGGCGAAGGCGAGAGCCUGGAGAUCCCCGUGGUCCUGCAGCAGCUGCGUCCAGGAGCCCAGCUCCCAGCUGAAGGGGAGGGAGCCAGCGGUUGCCUGGCUGGCGAGGGGGAUGGUGCCCUGGAGCCGUUGCCUACGGAUGGUGUGAUGCCAGUGGGAAUGCCUACCCAGGGGUGCGAGACUGGGGGCCCCGUCAGGGCCCCCCAAGAGGACACUACCAGCCCGACCCAGGAGAGAGAGUCCCCCCGGGGGGUUGACCCCGAAGCGAAGGACGAGGCGAGGCAAAGAGACCAGGAUCUGGAGAGCAGCUCCCAGCACAGCACAGAGGCGCCAGUGGGCAGGAAGCGCCAGGGCACCGAGAAGGGCCGAGGGCGCGAGAGGGCCCGGAAAAGCCGGAAAAAGAAAAGGGAGGAAUCGCAGAAGGGCCAGGCCAAGCCAGAUGGGGACUGUGCGGUGCGCAGGCUCCGCUCCACGUCCGCGGUGCUGCCGCCAGCCACCCAGCGCUCCCCCAGCCGGGCAGCCCGGCCGUCCGUGCAAGUGUCCACCUUCCUGGAAAAGCAGCUGGAGCAGGCCAAGAAGGAAGGGCAGAUGGAGCUGCGAUCGGCCAGAGGGAGACCGAGGGCAGCGGCAGCAGGGGGUGGCCUGCAGAGGAAGGGUCGCCCUGAGGUGCUGGAGGCUGAGAAGCCCAACACGCAGCCAGCUGUGCAGAGCGCUGAGACCCCCGGGCCCUCGGAGCGGGCCGUGCCCAGCCCCGGGGAGCAGCCGGCUGCCGUGGGACCCGGCCCAGCCGAGCAGGGAGAGGGAGCUCCUGGGUGCAGUGAGGGGAGCCGGCCUGCCCCCACCAAAGGGAGCGUCCCCCCGCACGAUGACCUUAGUGCUGGCGGGGAGGCUGCCGGCUGGCCAUCCAAGCCCAGGGCACUCAGCCUGACCGAAUACCGGCUGCGGAUGCUGCGUCGCCAGCCCAGCGGGGCCGACGAGAAGGAGGGGGAGAAGCAGGCAGCGAGCAAGUGGCCCAGCAUCCCCGAGCCCCCCACGGAGCUGGCCGAGAUCCCGUGCCUAAUGGCACCCGUACGCCCCCCGCCCUCGCAGCCUGCCCAGCCCGUGGAGACGCCCAGCUCCCAGAGGGGCCCAGAGAAAACUGCCAGCCCCCCUGCCACCCCUCCUCUGGCCAGAAAGGCACCUGCGGGGCCCCCCCAGACCCUGCCGGCUCCAGUGCCCCCAGGGCUACAGCUGCCUGUCCUCCCGCCGGCCCUGGGGGCUGCUGCUGCAGUGAUCCCUCUGGCCUCCCCGGCGCCCUAUGCCCUCUACCCACCAGUGCCUUCCUGGCCUUGCUUUGGGCCCCCGCCUGCCACCUACCCCAGUCUGCCUCCACCACCGGCCGCUGGCGGGACACCCAACGCCUUUCACCUGGUGCCUGGCCUGCCCCCGCCAGCUGUGACCUGGCCCACCCCUGCUCUGCCACCGCCUCCCUUCGGCCCAGGGGUGUCGUGUGCCCCCAUGGGCUGGCCCCUGGGCCUCCAGCCAUCCUACUGGCCCGGGGUCCCCCUGCCGCCGCCAGUGCCUCCAAUGGUGUACAGCGAUCCAGGGGCCGCUCUGCAGAGCCCGGGGCCAAACCCCUUCCCAGGUAGCCCAGCCGCCCUGGCACCAAGCUGCCAAGAGCCCUCAGCUUUCACAGCACAGCCAAUGAAGCCAGUGCUAGCCAGCCAGGCCACUGGUGCUGCCAAGCACGAGGUGCCAGCCCAGCCCCCCCAGCGCGGGCCACAGCCCUCUGGCCGGGCAUCUGAUCCCAGGAGGCAGAGCCGGCCUGUGGGCGAGUCACCUGCCGCCCAGCCUGUAGGACGGCCCCCUAUUGCCACCGCCCGGACCAUGGGGGAGUCAACUGCUGCCUGGCCUGUGGGGCAGCCCCCUGCCUCCCAGCCUGUGGGGCAGCCCCCUGCCCCUCAGCCUGUGGGGGAGCCCCCUGCCUCCCAGCCUGUGGGGAAGUCAUCUGCCCAGCCCCCUAUUGUCACCACCCAGACUGUGGGGGAGUCUGUUUCUGCUGCUGCCCCUCGGCCCGUGGAGGAGUCAACCGCUGCCCGGCCUGUGGGGCAGCCCCCUGCCCAGCCCACGAGGCAGCCCCCUGCCCCUCGGCCUGUGGGGGAGCCCCCUGCCCCUCGGCCUGUGGGGGAGCCCCCUGCCCAGCCCACGAGGCAGCCCCCUGUCACCCGGCCUGUGGGGGAGCCCCCUGCCCCUCAGCCUGUGGGGGAGCCCCCUGCCCCUCAGCCUGUAGGGGAGCCCCCUGCCCAGCCCAUGAGGGAGCCCCCUGCCCCCCAGCCUGUGGGGCAGCCCCCUGCCCAGCCCACAAGGGAGCCCCCUGUCACCCGGCCUGUGGGGCAGCCCCCUGCAUCCCAGGCAGUGGCUGAGUCAUCUGCCGCCCAGCCCCCUAUUGCCACCGCCCUGCCCGUGGGGGAGUCUGUUUCUGCUGCUGCCCCUCAGCCCAUGGGGGAUUCAACCGCUGCCCGGCCUGUGCGGGAUCCCCCUGCUCAGCCCACAAGGGAGUCCCCUGCCCCCCGGCCUGUGGGGGCGCCCCCAGCUACCUGCCCCAGGGCAGAGGCUGCAGCUCCAGCAAAGGUCCCAGUGCCCAGCCUGCUGGAGGGGGCCCGGCCAGACCCCAAGGGAGCUGUCCUGCAAGAUCCUCGGCCGCCUGGGCACACGUCCAUCCCUGGGAAAGCGGGGGCACUGCUGAGAGUGCGUGAGGAGAGCCAGCCCACCAAGCCGGCCCCUGCCCAGCCCUGGAGACACCAGCCCCUCAUCAGCCCGGCCCAGCCUGGCGCCAGGAAGGACAUCGUGCAGGCCUUCAUCAGUGAAAUCGGAAUCGAAGCCUCCGACCUGUCCAGCCUGCUGGAGCAGUUUGAGAAGACUGAAGCCACGAAGGAGGAGCUGCACGUGCGACGCCCUAGAGACAGGCUGGCGCCGGGGAACGCUGGCAGAUCAGAGAGCCACCAGGACAAGAACCCACCGGACAGCCUGCAUGCCCCGGAGUUGGCCAACGUCGCCGGCCUCACCCCGCCGGCGACACCGCCCCACCAGCUCUGGAAGCCGCUGGCUGCCGUCUCACUGCUGGGGAAGCCUGGGGCCGCCCCCCAGGAGGGCAGCCAGAGAACUGCCAAGUUCAUGGAAGCAAAGCCGCUGCCCCAGAGCAAACCUCGGGGGAAGGGCCCGCCCCCCACGACCUGCGGCCCACCCCCCAGCCACGUGGGCUCCGGAGACCAUGACUACUGCGUCCGUGGCUCCGCCCAGCCAGAGGAGGGCGCCAGGCUCCCCGGCACGCCGGCCCCGUCAGAGCUAGGCUCCCGCUGGAACGUGAAGCAUCACCAGGAUAUCACCAUCAAGCUGCCCUCCUCCCUCUCCACACGGACGCUGGCCUGGCCCGGGCUCAACCCCCAGCCUGGCGCUGCCCCCGGCUCCAGCGAGCAGCUGGAUCACCGGACUAGUGCCCAAAGCCAGGUUGCCGCUGGCAGGAGCAGCCCCCCCACCUCGGUCCUGCUGUCUCCGGACGCGUCCCCCUGCCGGGACGAGGAGCCGCAGACUCGGGACCCGCAGCCGAAGCAGCUGGCUGCCAAGAGGUCCCUGCGCUGCUACCGGAGACGUGGGGCCUCGCCAAGCCCCCGGGCCCGCGCCAGCCGCUCUUUCAGCUCCACGUCCAGCGGGGCCAGCGCCUCCUCGUCUUCCUCCUCCUCGUCCUCCCGGUCUCGGUCCCGGUCGCUGUCCCCCCCUCCAAAGCGGUGGCGAAGGUAUCGCUCAAGACGCUCCCGUAGCUCCCACUCCUCCUCCCGCUCUAGCUGCGGGUCGUGCGGCCGGUCCCGGGGGAGGUCAUCCUCGUCCUCGUCCUCCUACUCGUCCAGAUCCUCCUCGGCUUCCCGCAGCCGCUCCCGCUCCCCAUCCCCCUGCAGGAGGAGUAACCGGAGGAGAAGAUACGAUUACGGCGACCCUCCGGAUCACUGCCAGCACCCGAAAGUCCUCCACAAGGAACGUGCUAUAGAGGAGAGGAGAGUCGUCUUCAUCGGCAAGAUCCCCAGCAGGAUGACGCGGGCAGAGCUCCGGCACCGCUUCUCCGUGUUCGGGGACAUUGAGGAGUGCACCCUCCACUUCCGGGCUGAGGGGGACAACUACGGCUUCGUCACCUACCGCUACGCCAAGGAGGCCUUCGCCGCCAUCGAGAGCGGCCACAAGCUGCGGCGCCCGGACGAGCAGCCCUUCGACCUGUGCUUUGGGGGGCGCCGCCAGUUCUGCCGGAGGAACUACGCGGACCUGGAUUCCAACCGGGAAGAUUUAGACCCUGUCCCCAUCAAGAGCAAGUUCGACUCCCUCGACUUCGACACCUUAUUGAAACAGGCGCAGCGCAACCUGCGGAGGUAGCGCUGGGCCCAUGGCGGCUCUGCCCGGUGCCCGCGGGAGGUGUCCCGGCCUGGCUGCAGCUGAGCAGAGCUUUACAGAGAAACGAAAAAGACAAAAAAAAGUGUCAAACCAGAUUUUUUAAACCAUUUGUUUUUAUAACAAAUAUUUAAGGCAGAUGAAUUGUCUCUGUUAACUGAGGGGCUGCCCCAGCCCAGUCACUCCGGUUAAUAAACCCGGGUCCAACCCA